UAACAGUGACGUCGCUUUAAGUGCGAGACAACAAACCAGCGUCUCGCGGAGCGUAAGGGAGUGAUGGCGGGUUGAUACUAGAAGCCCGAGUCAGUCAGUAUUACAGCCCGUCAUCAUUAUUCUGUUAGUCUUAUUCAUUCGCCAGGGCUUGAGGGCGAAUUGUGUAGUAGUUUGGUGAGCAGAGAGCCCCCCGUAGGGCUGAUAGCUCCAUCAUUUCCGGACUCGGGCCGCCGGCGGCGGGGAGAGUGGAGCGGGACGCGGCGCUGCGGAGCGCGGGCGGCGGCGGGUCGGUGUCCGGGUCCUCGGUGUCGGUGUCCGGACCGGCGUUGCUGGAGGACGGAAUGGCCGCGGGGAAGAGCUCCGGACGGGCGUCGCUGCUGCAGAACGAGCGGCUGCGCCUGGGCGUCUGUUUCCUGGGGGUCUUCGUGUGUUACUUCUACUACGGAAUCCUGCAGGAAACCAUCACGAGGGGCGACUACAGCUAUGGGAACAAGAAGGAGAAGUUCAGAUAUGCCACCACGCUGGUCUUCAUCCAGUGCAUCUUCAAUGCACUUUUUGCGAAGAUCUUGAUCCAGUUUUUUGAACACUCCAAACCCGAUCAGACCCGGAGCUGGCUUUACUUGGUGUGCUCCCUCUCGUACCUCGGGGCCAUGGUGUCCAGCAACUCCGCGCUGCAGUACGUCAACUACCCCACUCAGGUGUUGGGGAAGUCCUGUAAACCCAUCCCAGUGAUGAUCCUGGGUGUAACCAUCCUGAGGAAGAAGUACCCGCUGGCCAAGUACCUAUGUGUCCUCCUCAUCGUGACAGGCGUCGCCCUCUUCCUGUACAAACCCCAGAAGGGUGCUGAUGUCACAGAUGACCAUGUCUUUGGCUUCGGGGAGUUGCUGCUGCUGUGCUCACUGACACUCGACGGCCUGACGGGUGUGGCCCAGGACCACAUGCGGGGUCGCUACCAGACCGGAUCCAACCACAUGAUGCUGAACAUCAACCUGUGGUCCACCCUUGUACUUGGCAUUGGAGUCCUGUGGACAGGAGAGGUCUGGGAGUUUGUGACUUUUGCUGAACGCCACCCCCACAUAUACUACAAUAUUCUGCUCUUUGGGCUCACUAGUGCCCUUGGCCAGACAUUUAUCUUCAUGACGGUGGUGUAUUUUGGGCCCCUCACCUGCUCCAUUAUCACUACCACACGAAAGUUCUUCACAAUCCUGGGCUCAGUCAUCCUCUUUGGCAACGUCAUCAGCCUUGUUCAGUGGGUGGGCACCAUUCUUGUCUUCUUGGGCCUGGGGCUUGAUGCCAGAUUUGGAAAAGGACCGAAGAAAACUACACACUGACAUACAGAGGAUGAUCUGUGAAUGUUGGAGCUUGAGUGCUAGUGUGGACAGGCAUUCAGUAAAGAAUAUUCCUCCCUCUUUUCAACAGGCUCUCUUUAAACAGUAUCCCAAUAGCCCCACCCGCUUUUCUGGGAGAGAACUAAAUCCACCUUUCUUUGGGUGUGUAUGUUGCCUGAAGUUGUGCUGUCCACUUGAUCUAAGGAGAGCAGCAGUGUGUUCUCUUUCACCUCCAUGUCCUCUGGAACUCUCCUUCUUCAGCUUACAUCACAGCUGGACUUUUUAGGCAAAAAUGUUUCCUGAUGGCAUGUCGAGAGCUGAAUUCCAAAACAGAAGUUUAUGAAGUAUGUUUACACUAGUGCAGGACUUAAUUUCCCAUCGCCACAUAUUGAGCUCUGACUUUCUUUCUUAUGUAUUGUCAGUGUGCACCCCACUGUAUACUUUUAGGAUACUGUUUUAUGUUAACUUUUUUUGUCUUGGUUUUUUUUUUUAAAUACUUACUUGGCAAAAACAAAUAAGGGACAGUAAAGCAGAACUGGUCCCAGAAAUCUUGCACAACAUCCAAAACACACAAGUAACUAUGUUCUUUAUACCUAGUUUGUGUUAAAAGAUGAGGUUAAAAAAAUCAUCAUUCAGAGAAAUGGUAAUAGUUUGUCUUAAGUAUCAUAUUGUAUGCUCCUGAUUUUUUUUAUUAUCCUGCCUUUCCUGUUAAAUACUGGAUAUACUUUUUUUUAAUUUAAAAUAAGGGAUAAGAGUAUUGACUGGGUCAUAAAGGGGACUGUUUUACUGUAAACAGUGUACUGUAGGUGUCUAUUUGAAAAUACAUUUUAGUUGCUGCCAAAAGUGUUUGUGAUCUUUAAUGUCCCAUCUGCAGUAUCCAGCAAGAACUGCCCAAGAAAUUUAAAAAAAAAAAAGGAAAAUAAACAGUUGUGGAUAAGA